AUGUUCCACUCAUUCAAGACAUUCCCAAGAUAUAUUACGGCGUGCUGCUGUUUGUUUUUGGCUGGUAAAGUUGAGGAAACACCUAAGAAGUGCAAAGAUAUUAUAAAAGUUGCAAAGACUUUACUGACGGAUCAGAAGUUUAGCACUUUCGGGGAAGAUCCUAAAGAGGAAGUCAUGACAUUAGAAAGAAUUCUACUGCAGACAAUCAAGUUUGACUUGCAAGUGGAACAUCCAUAUGGCUACCUGCUGAAAUAUGCCAAAUGUCUUAAGGGAGAAAGGGCAAAGUUGCAAAAAAUGGUUCAAAUGGCAUGGACAUUUGUCAAUGACAGUUUGUGCACUACCCUGUGUCUGCAAUGGGAACCAGAAGUCAUUGCGGUUGCUCUUAUGUUCCUAGCUGGUAAGCUAAGCAAAUUUGAAGUUGUGGACUGGAAUGGUCGCACACCAAAACACAAUGCAUGGUGGGACAUGUUUGUUGAAGACAUCACAAUGGAUUUAUUGGAGGAUAUCUGUCACCAGGUCCUCGACCUGUACUCGCCGCAAAUGCAGCAGAGCGGCGGCGACUCGCCCUCCGACCCGGCCGCCGCGAAGCAGCCAAAAAACGAGAAGCCCAAACCGCCGCCCGUUACACCGCCCGCUUCCGCGUCGCCUGUCGCCGCUGCAGCGACUAAGCCGCCCCCGCUCCUGGCCACGCCGGUCAAGGGCGACGCGAAGCCGGAGCCCCCAAUGCCGGAGCCGCCGCGCUUCGGCUACUCCGCCCCCGCCUACCCGGCGAUGACGUACGCGCCCGUCUACAGCGCCCCCCCGCCGGGCGUCGCCCCGCACGUGCCCCCCCACAGCGUGCCCCCGCACACGGUGCCCCCCCACAGCGUGCCCCCGGUGGUGCCCCCCCUGGCCUACCGCGAGCCCCCCCCGAGCCACGCCCGCUUCGGCGCCCCCGUGGGGGUCCCGCCGCCGAGCUACUUCCCCCCGCUGCCCGCGCGCGGCCCCCUGCCCCCGAGGCCGAUGCCGCCCGGACCCCCGCCCCCGCGCCCCUACUACCCGCCCCCC